GGAAGCAAUGCAAUAAAUGAAACCAACCACCAACUACCCUUACACCGUCUACUCUCACUUUCAUGCAUUUGCAGGCACUCUUGGCUCUUUCUCUAUAUAAACACAAACGCUAUUAGCUCUCUUCAUCAUCCAAACCCAUUACUUACUUAAGCAUAAGAGAUAAAACUUAAGAUUAUGGAGGGGCUCUUAAAGUUGUCGACGUUGGUGAUUGUGUGCAUGUUAGUGUCCGCUCCAAUGGCGUCCGAGGCAGCAAUCUCUUGCGGCGCAGUCGCCAGCAACUUAGGCCAAUGCAUUAACUACCUGACCCGAGGUGGUUUCGUUCCUCGAGGGUGUUGUUCUGGCGUUAGGAGGCUCAACAGCAUGGCUCGUACCACCCGUGACCGCCAACAAGCUUGUCGCUGCAUCCAAGGAGCAGCUAGAGCCUUGGGUUCCAGACUUAACCCAGGCCGUGCUGCACGUCUUCCUGGUGCUUGUCGUGUUAGGAUCGCUUACCCCAUCAGCGCAAGAACCAACUGUAACAAAGUCAGGUGAAUAUGAGAGGAUAUCGACGUCGCUGAAGGUUUUUUAAAUAUAAUUGUUGAGAGAGUUUUAAAGAAUAAUUAAGAUGUCACUAGUAUAAGUGUAUCAUUUUACUGUUGUGUGUUGUUUUUAGAAUUUGUGUGUUUCAUGUCUUUCUUUAUAUACGAAGGUCUAUUAAUUGCUCAUCUGUGUUAUGUAUUCCUCUAAUGAUAUUAUGGAACUACGAUAUGUAUUGUUUCCA